AUGGGGAAUAAUGGCAAUUUGCCAGCAAACCUUCCAAUUUUUGAUGGCAAGAAUUGGGAUCAAUGGUGUUCCAAGAUGAGGGUCAUCUUCAACUUUCAGGAAGUGGGUGAGUAUGUUGAUGGUGGCUAUGAACGGUUAGGGGAGAAUCCAACGGAGGCUCAGCGAACUGCACACAAAGCGAUGAAAUCUGAUGAAUCAAUUGCUGAUUACCUUUCAAGAUUGGGAUCUCUCACCAGUCAAAUGAAGAGUAAUGGUGAGGAUUUGACUGAGCAAUCGAUUGUUGAGAAGGUACUCCGCACAUUAACCCCAAAAUUUGAUAUGAUUGUGGUUGCAAUUGAAGAGACAAUGGAUCUUAGCCAAUUGAAGUUGGAAGAUCUGAGCAAGAAGUGGAAAAAGGGAAAGUUCAAGUCACAGAAGGAAAAUUUCUCUAGCAAAGAGAAAUCUGAUCUUGAAGAUAGGCCUGAACCUUCUUCCACAAGAGGAGGUGAUAGUGGAAAGUUUAGUGGAAAGAAAAAGACCACUGACAGAAGUCAAGUUCAGUGUUUCAGGUGUGAAAAGUUUGGCCAUUAUGCCUAUGAGUGCAAGAAAUUUAGAGGUGGUUCCAAUAAAGGAAAAACUCCCAAGAAGGCUGAAGAAGAAGCUAACUUGGUUCAAGAUGACUCAGACUCAGAUCCUGUAAUGUUGAUGGCUACAACCUGUGAGAGUGGUAAGGAUUCUGAAGUUUGGUAUUUGGAUACCGGGUGCUCCAAUCAUAUGACUGGGCGCAGAAGAUGGUUCUCUGAAUUUGAUGCUACAAGGAAAACAGUGGUUAGGUUAGCAGACAGCAGCAAAAUGAUGACUGAGGGUGUAGGAAAAAUAGCACUCGAAAUGGAAGGAGGCAAACCUGCAUUCAUAGAGAAUGUGUUAUUUGUUCCCGGCAUGGAAUGCAAUUUGAUAAGUGUGGGACAACUGAUUGAAAAGGGUUUCUCAGUAGACAUUCAGAGACGUACACUCAAGUUGUUUGUUCCGAAGGGGAGAUUCGUUCUUAUGUCUACAAUGUCAAAAAAUAGAACUUUCAGAACCACCAUCAAAACUGCAAAUGCUGCGUGUCUUCUCACCACAUCUUCCACUAAUGAAGCUUGGCUCUGA